GGCAAGUUUGGCUGUUAGUGAAAAGUAAGCCAAUUUUUCUUUCUUAUUUCAACACCAAACCACUUUUUGGUAUACAAAGCAUUCCAGAAUGGCAGAAAACAACGAGCCAGUGUCCUUCACAAACUUGGCUGUUGUUAUGAAGUAUAUGGACCCAAACAUGACAUUAUCAGAAGCUCAAAUCUGGGCUUCAGAGCUAAAAAAAUGCAUGUCUGACAUGCAUGAUAAUAAUUCUGGUAUCUUGCUAGCAUUCUCAGAGAAAGCACUUUGUUGUGGCUUGCGCUGUCCGGGUACUGCAAAGCAAAAAAUCCAGGCUGUUAUUAACUACGAGAAAUGUUGUCCUACACCAUCGCACUCUUACUCUCUUGAUUCUGUUUAUACAUCUCCUCAUCGAAUUGUAAACGAGUUGCUCGAGGCUAUAAAAGGAAAUGUAGAUUAUCUGAAAGCUGCUGAAUCGCGUGAUGACUGUGACAUCUCAACAUUAUCUCCUGAUGUGGUCUUACUUGCAGCUCAGACUUUCAUGUUUCGAAACAAACAUUACAAUGUUUCUGAUGAAGAGUCUCUCCAAGCUUUCCACAAAGCCGUUCAAUAUCUAAAAGGGGAGCAACGUACAUCGACUGAGUUCAUAAAGUGUGACAGCCGUGAGCUCACAGAGAUCAUUCGAUGUGUAAACCGGCACUUCACAGAAGAAAGCAUAGACGUACUUGGCUUUAAAAUAGCUAAAAAUGUGAUGGAUAGUAUAAAUCAAGGCAAAGAGCCUCCAAAACCAGACGGGUAUAUUUUUUCAUGGGAUGUACACCUGCUGUCUGAAGUUGAUUGCCUCAGGUUUAACCAUUUAGAGAGAAAUGAAAUAUUUAGAAACAAGAGUGACGAUUACAUAUACCCAGAGUGGGAGAGAAUGGGGCAAAACUGUUACCGCUGGUACAUUUUUCGUGCACAGGGUAAAUACAGCGGGAAGGACUAUUACGCCGUACAAUUAAAAAAGACUAUUACAAUCGGGGGUAUCGUUCAUGAAUUUAAAGGUGAUUUCAGAGCCAGUGAAGAUCCUGCCCUUCUGAAAGAAUUUCAAGAUGCCAAAAUUAACGGGAACUGUACUAGUGAAUUGCAGGGGACGUCUGCAUAUAGCUGGAGCAGAGAUGGCAAACCUCCUGCUCACCCAUACUUCAUUGUGGCUCAGCUGGUACAGAACAAACAUCAAGUCACAGAUCAAGAGGCACUAACAGUGCUUUAUGAUGAGAUACCUGCUCUAAAAAAACACAAGGACAAAGAAGAAAACGAUACUAAAUUAAAAACAUACACUUGGUUUUUGAACAAACCAAAGAACGCUGUUAAUGACUUCCCAGAACUGAAAGAUUAUUAUGAGGGUCAGAAGUUCUCUGAUGAUUACUUGCGUCCUUCAACGGAACCCCUUCAAACUGAUGGCUUUACUUAUGAGUGGUCAAGAGAAGAACAUGAAAGCACACACCAAGACUUCACCUUAAUAUUCAGAGCGAGGCCAACCUGUGAAACAGUUCCUCAGGUCAUUACAGAGGAAACGAGAAUAAGAUUGGAUUACUGGCAGUAUAUCAAAGAGUUUGUCUUCUUUGGUGGGUCACAUCGUGAAGGAGCAGUGCUUGCCCCGGAUCCGGCUUGGAUUGAUCAGGCACACAGGAAUGGGGUCGCCAUAUUUGGCACUGUUUUUUUGCCUCCUCUGGCAAGUGGGGGAGAUGUGAAAGACAUGCAAGAACUAGCAAAGCUGGAGAAUCUACAGAAACUAGUGGACAUCGCCCACCGAUUAAACUUUGAAGGGUGGUUUCUGAAUACCGAAAGCUACACAAGCUAUGAUGAUUCUCGCUUAAAUGAUCUGAAACUUGCAAUUCAGAAACUGGAUCUCAGGGGUAAAGAAAUGAUCUGGUAUUUACCCAGGUGUGAACAAAGUGAUCGCUUUGACCCAAAAUCAAAAGGAGUAAGGAUGACGUGUGAUGACAAAAUCAAUAACACAGCACCUGCCUUUCUGGAAGAAGAAGGAAAAAAGUUGUAUUUGAAUUUUUAUCACUUGAUUAGCAUCGUUAAACAGGCUCCUCAGAAUUACCUCAUGUUUGUUGAUGAACCCUAUUGGAAAAACACACUAAAACACAGAGGAUAUUUAGUAGACCCUGGCAGAUUUCCACAUGCGCAGAACUGUCUUUGGCAGUUUUUUCUAGGAGAAAAUGGUCUGGAAAGAAAACCAACAGAUCUGUAUCCCUGGUAUGGAAUUGCUAAAUAUGCAAAACAAAGAAAAUGAUCAAGGAAAGAUUAACGCAAUGUGCUCAAAUUGAAAUUGAAGCUAUUCAGGAGACUUCAUCACCUUGACAAUCACCAUUAGAGGUCAAACCAACCAUAAAGUUGCAUCUUCUAUGUCUCUCACACAUUACGAGAGACAGUACGCUAACCUGCUUUCUAGACCCUUAGAUUUAUUUAUUUUAAUUGUGCUGGAUUCGUUAGUACUCACUGCUUCAUGUUAGGUGUAUAUUAUUUCACCAUCGUGAAAUUAAGUUAAAAGUGAAAACAAAGAAAAGAAAUGUAAAAAACAAACAAAAAAUGCAAUGCACAUUGUAGCACAUCAUUUAAUUGUUGGAAAUUAAAUAUGCAUUUGAGAUCGUUCAUCUUUUCUGUGUCUAUUAGAAUGAUCUCAAAGCUCAUGUAAACUCCUGCAAGUAUGCCUAAUUCACUAGUCUGUGUUCUUUAAUUGUUGCAUUGUAAGUAUCUUAACAAAAUUAGUAUGAAAGAUGCUCUGGAAAAAGUAUCACACCCAUCCCUGAAUAUAACAAUGUUUAAAAUAUCAUCUACUGCUUAAUGUUAAUUUGUACAUGCUUAGGACUGAAACAUCCUUUCAUAUAAGCGUGAGAAUUAUAUUUUAGUCAAUAUGCAUAGUUAGACUAAAAACUAAAAUUGGUUGUUGUGUUUUAAAUAGUUAAAAUGUUGUUUUUAUUGUAUUACUCUUUGUUAAUGUUGAUAUAAAAAUGCUGUGAAUACAU